GUGCCGUCAGGUAUGGCCCAGUGAGAAAGAGACCAUUCCAGAUGAGAAGAUGGUGUCACUCAUGCACUUUUGGUCAUGCAUCCCACAAAUGUCGAUUCAUGAACUGGUUCACCCAGCGAAGUGGCAUGAUUUGGAGUGUUUUGAUGUCACAAUUGCGGCAGUGUUGGAUCAUGUGAUUCGUGCACACCAGAAAAAAUUGACUGUUCCAGACACGGUUCAUGAUGACGAAAUUGAUGAGGUGAGCCUUGAUUUGUCUGAUGACUCACCUACUCCAUGGCAUGAUCAUUUCUUGGCGACUGCUGGUAGGUAUGCCGGUGAUUCCAUGCACGAAUGUGUCCUUGUCUUUUGCCAUGAGUUCUCCGACCCUGUCAGAGUCCAGGUAACAGGUGGUCACACGGUCCAUGAGUUGCUUCAGGCUCAGAUUCAGCUGGUUGGCGAUCUUCAGAUCGUUGAUGUCAGAACUCCUUUGGGAAAGACACUGCCUUUUGAUGCGUUCAUUGAGCCUGGCCAAGUUGUGUGCAUUCGUUGUCAAGAAUCCAGUGCCCAUUCCAGCCUGCCUGCGAUCCGUUCAGAUGCACAGCUGCCUGAUGCGGCUGAUGACAAGGUCAGCGUUUUGUCUGACCGGAUGGAAGUCACCACUCCGAAUCCGAUUGUUGUUUCACCAACGGUCCCCUGGACCCAACCGGUUGAGGAGCAGCAUGUCAUUCAGCAUGAAACUCAACAGAGCUCACAG